UCAAGAGGGCAAAGUGAACGGCAUGGGAGUCACACCAACUUUAACGAACUUGAGUCUGGUUCUUGCUCCUGCGAAGUUCACGGCCAAGAAUUUCACAUACAGAUGAUAAACAGCAAAGAAAAUGGAAACAAUAUUUCUAGGUAAAUCUUGAGCACAGAAUUGGUUGAUUUUGCAAACUCACAACAAAACAUGACAACUCUGUCGAGGUUUAGUGGCUGCCUUCUUUCUUGCGUCAACCCCGGGGAGAGCAAUACUGAACCCAGCGUGGUGCUGCCACCUUUGGCAGGGGAGCACAUAGGGCACCCCACUGGCAGUUCCUUAAAGCUCUGCCCCUCGCACAAUUUGCGAGACUAUCCCGAGACGAGGUACAGUGCAUAUGUUGACCAUUCGGUUCCCCAUUUUGCAGACUCUGGAUACCCCAGCCACCGGUUAGAGCACAGCCCUAGGGGCAUCAUCAUUGGAGCCAAUCGUUCUGGAGCCGGCAUGCCACCCGUCACUGAUCAACUGGCAUCAAGAAGUAACCAACAUGGCGGGAUUGGAAGGUACCGUGACCUGCCUAGCUAUAGAGAUAGCAGAAGCCACGCUUUUUUCACCGCUUAUCACGAGCAGGCCCAUGGCUCCUCCGACGCGACUCGAGACCUCUCUGGUCAAGUGAUGUUGGGUCUACCUGGGGACCUCCUCACCCGGACGCACCCUUACGGCCAGAGCAUCAGCGGCCCCAGGGGAAACAGCCAACAACUUGUCUCUCAGUUCCUGGGUCUCUACAAACCGCUGAACAUGGCAAUUCAACGUGGAGUGGGUGACGCUUUCCUGAGGUGCUCCAAACAGAACCUGAAGCAUGAGCUUGUGUGUAAGUGGAGUGACAGCCAAGAGGGGGCUGGGAAGCAGCCCUGCGCCAGAACUUUCGGGACUAUGUAUGAACUUGUCACCCAUGUGACAGUGGAACAUGUCGGAGGACCAGAGCACUCUCAAUACGUGUGUCACUGGGAGAACUGUCCGAGGGACAGAAAGCCUUUCAAAGCGAAAUACAAGUUGGUGAAUCACGUCAGAGUCCACACAGGGGAAAAGCCCUUUCCCUGCCCUUUCCAUGGCUGUGAAAAAGUUUUUGCAAGAUCAGAGAACCUCAAGAUUCACAAGAGGACACACACAGGUGAAAAACCUUUUAAGUGUGAGUUCGAGGGCUGCAAUCGGAGGUUUGCUAACAGCAGCGACAGAAAGAAGCAUUCUCACGUGCACUCCAGUGAUAAACCCUACAUGUGCAAGGUCAGAGGGUGUGAGAAGUGUUACACCCACCCAAGUUCCCUCCGGAAGCACAUGAAGCUCCACUGCAAGGACUACAGCGAGAAACGCAGCGAUGGGCGCGAAGGGGACGGGGAGCACCUUGCAGAGGCCAGGUCACCCGAAGUAACGGAUCAAGGCGAAACGGCCUCGUCCACCAUCGUGACGCGCGCUCAACCCCUCACCUCCUCCCAACAGUCUCUAUCCCCCGAGAUUCGAAACGAGUCAAGUCUGAGGACACGUUUCCAUCACACAUUCGACAACAGUUUGGACUACUCCUCACAUAGGUCAGAUGGCCUCUUGGAUCCACUGUUGAUCCAGAGGAGCGGUUAUAGACCAGAGCCCACCCAAUACCCAUGCAACCAAGCAGGCCACAGUUUCGCCCAGAGCUCCAGGACAUUUAACACUGCCUCACCCUUUCAGAAAAGUAUUGUCAAUGGGUGGUAUACGUGCCACAGCGGCGUGGACUCUUUCUCACCAAAGCAGUGUAAUAACGACAUAUCAUCCAUUUGAGUCAGUCAUGUCGCCUGAGUGACGUUGGCCUACAAAACGUGGGCCUAUUUUUGUUAUGACAUCUGCUAUUCUUGGAUUAUAUAUUAUUGAUUGUAUUUGGUUGAUGUUGUAGGCUAUAAAGACAUGUGCUAUGUUGAAGUCAUUAUGUGUCGUAGUUUUGAAAACGUGCUAAUAUAUAUAUAUAUAUAUACAGCGUUGCAGAAUGCGUGACGGCAAGCUUUAACUGUUCCGUGACGCACAAACUCUAAGUGCGUCUAUGUGUGGUGGGCCUUGAGUUGUGUCACGUGUAAGAAACGUGCCUGUUUUAACACAUGUGUAGGCUACAGUGACGUGUGUCCCCCCCUCCUGUUGGAGAAUUAGAAUAGGACAUCAUAAAUACAAAUGCUGCCUAUCAUUUGAAUGAUGCUUGCUAUAGGAUGAAGAAACUAAAUGGAUUUAACGGGAUUGUCUAUGUGUAAAUGGCCUAUAUGUGAAUAUAGUAGCAAAAGUGUUAUAAAAGGAACUAUACAUGUAUUAUUGCUUGGAAGGCUAAACCAGCAUAUGUAAAGGACAGGGUAUUCAUGGAAUGUUACUGUAUUGUAUUGUGGGAAUGCAUAGACAAGUGCAUUACCCAUGUCGUGUUCAAUGUAAGGCAGUACUUGGAAAUAAAAUCUGAAUUAAAACCUAUUAUUUCUCGUCAAGUUCAAUUUUGAGGCCAAAUAACAAUUGGACCAAUUUAUGCGUUCCUAUGAUUUGUAAUUCAAAUGUAAUGUAAUUCAAACACAUAUUGACUAUAAGAUCUACUACACUCAUUUGUUAAAUAUAAUGUUAAACAUCAGAUGAAAGGACGGUGUAUUAGGCCAAUACAGCUUUCAGCUGUUUUGCUUUCUUCCAAGAAGGAUGAGUGGAGAAGCCUACAGUAUGAUCCCCUCUCCCCCUGCACCCCCUUCCUCCUCAGAAUACACUUGCAUUCUUUGUUUCUGUGUGGAUAUUUUAUGCAUUUUUGUGUAAAAUACGUUUUUUUCGGGAUCAGUUGAGAACACAAUCCA